AGGGAAGGUCCGGUGCUUGCGCAGCCCGCGGCCCGUCCCGUCGCUCAUUGACAAGGGCCGGAAGCGGAGCCAAGCCCAAACGGAAAACGCCGUCCUUACCCUGCCAGCCAUCCUGCGCUGCCAGCCCAGGCCCGGCUAUGGAGCGGCGCCGGCUGCCGGCACAGGCCGGGCAGGGCGGCGGCAGGCCCCAGCACGGCAGCGAGGGUCGAUCCUCGGCCGGCGGCUCCAGGAGCUCGGCACCAGCGAGGGCCGCGGCCGCGCUCCCUUCUGGCCGUGCCCGGCCGGGCCGGGCCCGGGGCUGCGCAUCCCGGCAGGCUCGGCCCGAGCCGCCUUCGGGCGCGGGGCUGCCGGGGGAGCUCGGGCGGCGGUGCUGGCUGGCGCUGCGCUGCGAGCGGCUGCCGCAGGAGCCGGACCCGCCAGAGAACCACUGCCAUGAUGCACUCUUGGCAAAAUCGGAGGAGUCACUGGUGAGGAGUGAGGCACGUGAAGAUCCUCCAGCACCUUUUCUGGAUGGACAACAAUACUAUGAACAGGGGUUGUACAAAGAAGCAUUAAAGCGAUUUGAAAAAAUCAAGGACACAGAUUUUCAAGCAAUGUAUCAGCUUGGUGUAAUGUAUUAUGAUGGACUUGGCACUAAAAAAGACCCUGAAAGGGGAGUGGAAUACAUGAAUAAAAUACUCAACUCUGAUUCUCCAGAAGCAAGUCACUUGAAGUUUGCAGCUGCAUACAAUCUUGGCAGGGCGUAUUAUGAAGGAUGUGGUGUUAAACAAUCAAUUGAAGAGGCUGAAAGGUUGUGGCUUACUGCUGCAGACAAUGGAAAUCCAAAAGCAAGUGUAAAGGCCCAGAGUACUUUAGGAAUGCUGUAUUCUAUGCCAUUUCUAAAAGAUAUGAAGAAGGCCUUUUUUUGGCAUUCAGAAGCAUGUGACAAUGGAAAUCUGGAAUCAAAGGGAGCACUCGGCAUUAUGUAUCUCUUUGGACAAGGUACACGUCGAAACAGUAAAGCUGCUUUGGAGUAUUUGAGAGAAGCAACAGAACUUGGAAACAUCUAUGCUCAAGGCCAUCUUGUGGAGUAUUACUACACUAGAAAAUUUUACUCAAAAGCUGCUGCACUAGCCAAAAGGGCUACAGCAAAUGGUAACAUCAACAUGCUAGCCAAGAUAACUGAUUGUCAUCCAAUAUAUUUAGCCAAGGGGGCUGCUAUGGCUGCUUUCUAUUUGGCUAGAUGCCUCCAGCUUGGCCGAGGCACAGAGAAAGACAAGAAGGCUGCUGAGAAGUACUAUUCUAAAGUAAGUUGAGAAAGUCUUACAGACUGGUUUAUAACUCGUGAAAUGGAGUGAUACCUUGGAUCUGAGUCUAGUCUAAACUUGCUAUUUCAUUAAGGACUCCAACACUAUGUUAAAAAAAUAUUUGCAAGAACAUGUAGACUGAUAGAAAUAUACUGAAAACUACUAAAAAUAGCCUUGAAAGGAUGCUAUCUGCCCACUUGCUUAAGCAAGCAAUAUAACCAACAACAGCAACAAAAAAUCUAUGGCAAUCACCACAGCAAAGAGCUUGGUAACUUGCAAGAUAAAUUAGCUAAGCAAUUUGAAUAAUUUUAUCCCAAAUUAAUUUGCUUUUUGUCAUUCUCUCACAACUGAAAAAUUGUAACUUUUCCUUAUACUUUAGAGCCUGUAACAAUUAGCCUUUAUUAAGUUGGCCAUAACUGGUUCUCAUGCUUAUUUUUAUAUUUACAUUUUUCAUGAUAGCUGAGGAUCUACUGCUUUUUCUGUUCAAUAUAUACAGGGGAAAAAAUCAGUUACAUUUUUUCCAAAGUUCUAAAUUUGGAGUAAGACUGAUGAAAAAUAAGCUUGAGGAAAAAUACUAAUAAUGGCCUCUAGAAGAUUAAUCUGUUGAGUAAUAUCAGUGAUGCCUAAAGGCGUCGAGGCAAGGUAGCUUUACCAGCUGAAGGGAACGUAGCAAGUUGGCAUCUGUGCUUCAGAAACUCUGUGGUUUCUCUGCAUGUAGUGACCACUUGUGUCUGCAAGUUGAAUACUGUGGUGUCCAUCUUGGUGCAAUCUAAAUGAAUGCAGAGUUACGGAAAUGAUAAAUUAUCAAGCAAAUUUUGUGGCUCUUUACUCGGAGAAGUCACUGAUAGAGAAGGCUUAGCAGAACACGUGAUCUGAAAUACAGACAAGUUAAAUAUUUUUUACAGUGGGAGAAUAAAAUGUUAUAGCGGAUAGGACAAGGAGGCAAUCAGGAAAGGAACAUAAGCUGAGGUAUUAUGAGCAUUCCUAGUUAAGGCAUUGAAGAGGUCCAUCAAUUUAAUUGCUUAUGGCAUUGCAGGAGUGUAGCCCUUGCCCCUGUCUUCUAAAGUGUAGUAAAACUGCCACAGCUGAAAGAAGACCACGGCUUUCACUCGUUAUUCACUCCCUCUGCACCUGAGACUGGUCUAGGAAUGUCACUAAUGUCUCACUAUAAAGAGGUGAUUCCCAUGACUGGUGUCAUGGGUCUCUAAAUCAAUAGCAAAGGAGAAGCAACAUAAAAUAAACAAGAAAUCUCCCUGAAACAGUAACUUCAGAAGAGUUGAGGGAGUGUCCAGGUUUUCUUUGUACCUGGAAAAUUCUCAUGUUAACUGUACAAUUACACUUACCUAAAGUCAUAUUUGUUUUAAUUGACUGCUCAGCUCUGGUUUUGGCCUACCAUUCUUAGACCAAGUCAGUUUUGUAAGAGAUGAGAAAGAGAAUAUGGGCAUCCCUAAGGGUCCUGAAAUGAUGAUGGAUGUGAGUGAAACUCAUCCAGUGUGUAAGCAGAUUUAUUUUUCGACUGUAGUGCUGCAUAUGCCAUGCCAACGUAGAGAAUUUUAUAAAAUAAAGCCAAGACUAACAUUAUAGUCCUAUAAGCGUACUAUAGUAUGCUAAUUUUAAAUACUAAUUUUUUGUGUGGCAUCAGAAAAAGGAUUCAAAUCCAAAUAUGUUAACUCUUCAAUACUUUAGCAAGUUGACUGUCUCAUUUUUUUGACACUUAAAGACUUUGUCAUAUUGAUAACAUACAGUUUUAUUGUAGCUAUAAACUAGAACUCUGAUAUUCUUUGUUUUUAAAGGCAUGCUAUCUGGAUCCUGUUGUUGCUUCUCACCUUGAAUUGGCAGCUAAUCUUGGGAGAAUUUAGUGUUUCUUUUAACUGUGACUGGUAAAUAAACCAUCUGAACUACAAUAAACCAUCAUUAAUCUCCAGCAAUUAUAGACUGUUCAUCACUUACUGCUUGCUUUUCAACUUUCUAUGCAUUAUUAUUUAAAGCAAUUCACUGAUUCAUUUUAUCUGGAAGAGAAAGUAAAAAGCUCACGCUCUCUUUAACUCAGAUAAGCCAAGACAGAUUUUUUAAAAAUCAUAUUGAUGACUUAAAGGUUUAUUAGGGACAUUUCACUGGGACAGAUGUAUUUCCUUCAUGUCAUAUUGCUACAUAGCACAUGAAUCAAAACAAAGCCAAAGAUGCUUGUUUCCUUUCUGCAUAUAUAGUAUUUAAAUUUGAAUAUUCUGAAAAGCUUGAGCCCAAACUUGUCUCAUUUUCACACACAGCCCACUUACAGGCCAUGGCCAUUUUUAAAGCU